AUGUUUUGUGCCCACCUCGAGGGGGGCCAGGAAGGGGCGGAUGCGCAAUCGUGUCCUGACAAGUGGACGGCCACUGAGCAUCACUGUUACCGACACGUUGUCGGCGCCGUUGCCACUGAGGCCGAGGCUAAGAGCGCGUGCGCGGCACUGGCCAGCGGUUCAGUGCCUGUCACAGUACACAACAACGAGGAUAACACUGAGUUGACACACUUUUUAGGCACUAGUGUUGACACAAGUUUUUACAUCGGCCUGGAGUACAAACCGGGAACACCGGUGGGUCAGUGGAAUUGGCUCGACUCAGGCAAUGCCCGCACAUUUCACUUAUGGGACAACACGGCUGACGCAAGUGGUUUGGUACCAUGCGCGUUUAUUAACAUGGUCAAAGGGGUGAUGUCAGGUUGGCUGACCAACGACUGUAAGCAACCGAUGCGGUCAGUGGUGUGUCAGAUACCAGUCCGCUCUUUGAACAUGUUGUAUGAAAAAAUGGAAAAGUUGACAAAUGAGUUACAACAAGUUAAACAUCAAGUUGGAUCGGUGCCCAUAGGGUUUAUAUACGUACAGUUGCCCCACCAGAAUGAUCCAGGACUAAUUUGGGGCACUGAGUCCAAGUGGACGGACGUGACCGCGUCGUACGCGGGGCUAUUUUUCCGAGCAGAAGGCGGCGGGUCGGCCGCGUUUAACCCAUCGGGGGUUACGGUUCAGGAGAGCCAUGUGUUUAACAAGUUUACCAUAGAAACGAUAGGAUUGAAAAAUGUAUCUCAUAAUGGUCAAAGCGAGGUGCGUACAAGUGAGUUGAAAGAGCAAGUUAAAUCAGGGGAAAUUGUGCCUGAAGAUGCACUCUACAAAUUGAACAUGUACAUGGAUAUUAAGGACGCACAUCCCAAAAACACCGCCGUGAAAAUUUGGCGCCGUUCAGGCUAG